AUGAGGAAUGAAAUAGAAAUUCUCGGUCCCAUUCCUGACUUAACAGAACAAUCUAAAAGUGAUAUAAAAUAUAGUAUAGAACUUAUCCGUUGGUUUUUAACACCUAUUGGAAUUUGGCCAACAAGUUCGAGUACUUGCGAAAAAAUUCUGUCUGAAAUUUUAGUGAUCGUUAGUUUUUGUUUAAUAUGUUUCCUCUUAAUACCAUGUAGUCUACAUACAUUCCUCAACGAAAAAGAUCCACGGAUGAAAAUGAAAAUGAUUGGCCCUUUAAGUUUCUGCCUUAUGGCCAUCAGUAAAUAUUGUUUUUUAGUUAUGAGAAAAGAAAAAAUUCGUGAAUGCUUGAAACAUAUUCAAACCGACUGGCGCCGAGUUCAAUUAUCGACUGAACGAGAUGUAAUGCUCACAAAUGCUAAAGAAGGUCGUUUCAUUGCUAAUCUGUCAGCAACAUUUAUGUACGGAGGAGGAUUCUUUUAUCACACGAUAAUGCCGCUGACAGCUGGUUCUUUUGUGACCCCUGACAACAUAACUAUUCGCCCGUUGACGUACCAAGUUUACGAUCCUCUCUUUGCAGCUCAAAAAACUCCGUCUUAUGAAAUUGUCUUUACCAUUCAGUGGUUUUCAGGUUUUGUACUAUAUAGCAUAACAAUUGGAACAUGCAGUUUAGCUGCAGUCUUUGUUCUCCAUGCAUGCGGACAACUUAAAAUUGUCAUGUCACGACUGGAAAAUUUGAUUGACGGGACAAAUGAAAAAAUGACUGACAUUUUGGAAAGUCGAAUAGCUCAAAUUGUACAACUUCAUCUUCGGGCAUUCAAUUUUAUAGUUCGCACUGAAAAAAUUUUAAAUGAAGUAUGCCUUAUCGAAUUUAUUGGCUGUACGAUGAAUAUAUGUUUUCUUGGUUACUACUUUAUGACAGAAUUCGAAAGAGCGGAAACAAUAGCUACCGUCACGUAUUGUGUUCUUCUGGUGUCGUUUACGUUUAAUAUUUUCAUUCUUUGUUAUAUUGGUGAAAUGCUAACCCAACAAGGUCUUAAAGUUGGAUUAACAGCUUAUAUGAUCAAUUGGUAUGAAUUAUCAGGAAGGAAAGCAAGAGAUUUAAUAUUACUUUUGGCAAUAGCUAACUAUCCUAAUAGUAUAACGGCUGGAAGAAUGGCUGAGUUAUCUUAUAAUAGUUUUUGUGGGAUUCUUAAAAGUGCAGCUGCAUAUUUAAAUUUGUUACGAACUGUUGUGAUGUAA